AUGGUGCUCAGGCGGGGGAGGCGGGGGAGGUCGCUGCUGCUGCUGCUUGCUGUGCUGUACGCUCUGGCCAGCGUCAUAUGUGGCGGUUUCUACGUGCUCAUCGCCCUUCACCGUGGGAGUCGCGAGGACAGUCUGGGGCCGCUGCACCUUCGCGCCAAGGAUGCAUUUCCAGCGAAUGCGCUACCGCGGGAGGACACGAGCAACUGGACGCGGAUCUCGUCGUCGUCCGGAGUUGCGGGUGACGCAUUUUAUCGCCUUUGUUCCGUGACGGAUGGCCGAUGGCUUGGUCACUCGUCGGAAGGCGUCUACGGUGGUGUUAUGGACAGAACUUUGGGUCUUCUCUCCGGUUCAGCGAGGGGGACGUACGCCAUUCAGGCGUGGAGCUCCCUGUUCCUCUCUGCACACUCCGACGGGAGUGCUGGAAUGGACCGCCCACAGGCGAGGAGUGCGGAGAUGUGGAGUUUCAAGUUCGUGCCGGGGGCCGCCACGGUUGCCCUUUGGUCAGUUUCCAGAAGACGUUUUUUGCGCACCGCGGGUGACCGUCUGAGGUGCGACGCAAAAGAAAUAGAAGCCGCAACCCACUGGGUGCUGUACGCUGAGCCCAGCAAGGCAUGUCCUCCUCCCAAGGCUGGCGCAGACUGGAGUGCAGUGGCACGCGUCUGCUGGAAGUUUGAGUCUCCCGCCCCCCAGAAAGCAAUGGGCCCCAAAACCGUCUUGUUUGGAACCCUCAAACCACUGAAGUCACUUGAGCCAAAUAAAAGUGAUGCAUACGACCCAUUUAUCAUUGCCAACCGCACGCUGUUUAACUGGGCGUUAAUCGAAGGUGUUCAGCCGGUGGUGUUCUCUGACAAUGCUUUGGAUCACGCACUCAUUGAACGGGUCAAUCAGAAUCUUGCAGCGAGGGCUAUAGGCCAACGUAUUGAUUUGAUGAAAAACUUUGAGAUUCAUGAAAAAUUUGGGUUGCCUACAUAUCGGGGCCUCUUCUUGCGUGUGCUUUCCGCCUAUCCUGAAGCCCAGGAUGUCAUGUACUCUAAUAUGGACAUUCUCUAUACUCGUUCCGUGCUGGAAACCAUCAGGGCGGUACGACGGUACGGUUUCUCUGCCAGAGAGGAAAGUAAGGGAGCUCACAGGGGUUGGUUCGCCGUGGGGCGCCGCACCAAUGUUGAAAUUUCGUUGAAUUGGUCGUUAGGCACCGACUGGGAGGAGGACGUGGAACUAGUGUUCAGGAGAACAGGAACUUUAUUUCAGUCCUUUUCGGAGGACUACUUUGCAAUGAGCCGCAAUAUGUUCGACUGGGAAACCAUGCCUGAUUUUGUUGUGGGUGGAACAGGAUUUGACAAUUGGCUGACGACUCAGGCGGUUUUGCGUGCCCGUGCUGGGCGGGCACUGACGGUUGAGGCGACUCUAACCCUCGCGGCAAUUCACCAGAACCAUGGAGAAGACUUAAAGGCAAGCCACAGGCAUCCCAAGUCACGCUACAACAAUGCCUUGGCACAACGAACAGGUGGCUGGGCGCGGGGCCGCACAACCGAUGCCCCGUUGCUGACGGUACGCCAUUUUGGUGGUGAGGUGUUGCUGCUUAACAAAAGUGCCGUCUUGCUCACUGGAUAA